AUGUCCACCGAGGUCCCAGCAGGCGAGAUCGAGCAUGAGUUGCCACAGACCCAGAUCACCCGUUCGCGGUGGUCAUUUUUCCGAUCUAUCCCCUUCCAGAUCGCUGUCGCGAGUGGUGUCUCAUUCACUGCACCCGGAAUGUGGGAUGCGCUGAACAAUGUUGGAGCUGGUGGUGCUGCUGAGCCCUACGCCGUCUCAGCGGCGAAUGCUCUCGUCUACGGUCUUUUCGCGGUUGUCUGUGUCGCUGCUGGCGCAAUCAACAAUCGCAUCGGUCUUCGUUUUGGUCUUGUUCUUGGUGCUAUCGGUUACCCCAUCUACGGUGCUGGUCUCUAUACCAACAACUACCACCCCACGACUUGGUUCAUGCUAUUCGGUAGUGCACUGUGUGGUAUCUCUGCUGGAUUUUUCUGGGCGGCCGAGGCUGCUAUUAUCAUUGGUUAUCCCAGCCCUGGCGAGCGCGCUUUCUAUCUCGCUAUCUGGCAAACAGCCAAAGCAGCCGGUCCCAUUGUCGGCGGCGCAAUCAGUCUGGGCCUCAACGCGCAGACCUCCGGCAAAGGAACCGUCAGUGCCUCAACCUACAUCGUCUUUAUUGUGAUCAUGUGCCUGGGCCUCCCAAUCGCGCUCUGCCUCAGCCCGGCCGAGAAAGUCCAACGCAAAGACAAAUCCCUCGUCCUUGUACACAAGCAAGAAACCUGGGCAAAGGAAUUCAAAGCCGCCUUCAAACUCAUCGCAACCCGCCGCGUUCUCCUCCUCCUGCCAUCCUUCUUCAUCAGCUACUUCUACAACGGCUUCCUAAGCACCUGGCUGACAGACUACUUCACCGUCCGCUCGCGCGCCUUCUCCUCAUUCUUCACCAACUUCGCCGGCAUCGCCUCCUCCUUUAUCCUCGCCGGGCUUCUAGACCGCCAGUCCAUCUUCAUCAAGACUCGCGCCAAGAUCGCAUUCACUUCCAUCGUGGUCAUUCUGACGGGAACCUGGAUCUGGGCUACAAUCCUCCAGAAACAAUUCUACGACGCCCCCGAACCUCCUCUCUUCGACUGGUUCAAGGGCGGUUUCAACAAAUCCUACGCCCUGGUCUUCUUCUGGACCUUUGGUGGCCAGGCUUUCCAGCAAUUCCUCUACUGGCUCAUCGGCCAGUACAGCACAGAUCUGUCCUCGCUUUCCUACCACUGUGGUAUCCUUCGUGGAUUCGAGGCAUUGGGUCAGACUGUUGCAUGGGCUAUGCAGUCCCAGGGUAACGCGAACCAUUUCGUCAGUAUCGGACUCAACUUCGGUAUUACUUUGCUUGCGUUUGUUCCUACGUGGAUUGUUCUUAAUGAGUUGGAGCAUAGUCAUGAGGUGCAGGUUACUGCUGAGGAGCAGCACGAAGCAACCAAGACGGCUGAUGGUUCUUCUGCUUGA